AUGCUUCUACCGGAUAAGGGAGGGAAUACGGCGAAAUGCCUUUCGAUCCUCCUGCUCUUCGUCGGGUUGGUUGCUGGUCAAACUUCCACGGCUUCCUUCUCGCCCUCGAAUGAUACUUUGCCAUCUAGCAUGACGAACCCGGAUUUUGAAUUGUCUUUGACGUCUGGGAAUAGCGAUCUCUUGGUCAGGAAUAUGUACAACAUUGCCCCGCUCACUGCUGAGGCGGGAAUAGGACAAACUGAGACUGCUGUAAAUCAAAUUAACAUCAACGGACCUAUUGUCCCCAUAGAUGCGUCAAAUGCGAGUAAUCUAUCCAUCACCGAUAUAGCAUACAUGAAUUGUGAUCCAAACGAAAGCUCCAACAUUGAUUCAACACAAGCUAUUAUCAUGGCAGGAAAUGCGCGGCCAAAGGCCAUAUUAUUGUAUAGCUUAUACUCACAGGAGUGUAGCAUUACUGGCGAUUCUACUUAUAAAACAAUUUAUACCAUGGUGUCUGCCUCCGAUUCAAUGGCUUUAUUUGUUACUUUGAACAAUUAUACCAACGGCUCAUUGGUCGCAAGAUUCGUACCCAACCAAAGCUCGUCAGAUAUAGGUUCGGCAUCGCAAACUAGUAACAACGGAGGACCGCCACCAACUACAGCUGUUGCCAUGAGCAUUCUAUACAGUAUCACUGGAAUUAUCACUUUGCUAUUCUUGAUAAUUAUAGCCACGGGAGCCAUUCGCGCUCACAGGCAUCCGGAAAGAUAUGGGCCACGGAACGCUCCAGGAAGACCAAGGCAAAGUCGAGCAAAGGGUCUUGCGCGAGCUAUGUUGGAAACUCUACCCAUUGUGAAAUUCGGGGAUCCAGAACCGGGGAAACCAGGGAGUACUGAUAUUGAAUUGGAGAAUGGCAGUGUUCACCAUGUUCCUGUUACUUCUACAACAGAUGCCACGGCCAGUGACACAUCAAAAUUUCCGGUUACCGCGGCAGCAACUUCCGAGAAGGGUUUGGGUGCACAUCCUGAGUCAGGGGAUAACGAAGCAUCGGCGGCCACGAAGGAGACCGAGCUUUUACAAUGUUCGAUUUGUACAGAAGAUUUCGCUACCGGUGAAGACGUUCGAGUGCUUCCAUGUCAUCACAAAUAUCAUCCUGCUUGCAUAGACCCUUGGCUAUUGAAUGUCUCAGGAACUUGUCCAUUAUGUCGCCAUGACCUCCGACCUACAGCAACCCAUGCCCAAUCUGCAGAUGAUGAACUUCCUCCUCCACUUGAUGCGGGUGAAGGAGAAGCAGCUAGUCAACACACAGCUGGUACUUCUGAAAACGGAGAGACCAGCUCUCGUAGUCGCGUUUCUCGUCUUAUGCAUCUUCGCAAUGCUCCUCCCGAGGAGAGUAUUGCUACCCUUCGCGAAUUUGCACGUGAGCAAUCCCAACAAGAAGUGGCUGCACCAAAUCAAGACGGACUCGAAGAACAAGGCAGAAGAGCUAGCCUUGCAGGUCGACUCCGAACCACUCUCCGAAUAAGAACACGAGCACAAGCACCCACUGUGCCCGAAACGACAGCAACAACAUGA